CGGUUAUCAGUGCAGUGAUGACCUUGUUUUCGACUAGCACUCGGUUAUUUGCUCCUAUUUACAACUGCACUCACGCUGAAAUCAUAUACUAUAGAGAUAGAACUCGACCAUUCUAUUUGUUACCAAUUCAAUACAAGGCUGAAUUUUUUACUUAAAGUUAGUCGGCACACCGCAGCACAUCACGUUACAUCGUACAGACUGAGCUAUAUCAUUAGUUGCAGAAGCAUGGCUAGUGGGAAACUUGCGAUUCUGAGUGUGUCGGAUAAAACCGGAUUAUUAGAGUUUGCUAACGGACUUAACCUUCUCGGAUUGAAGCUGGUAGCCAGUGGAGGUACAUCCAAGGUCAUUCGCGAUCAAGGACUACCGGUACGUGAUGUAUCCGAUAUUACAGGAGCUCCUGAAAUGCUGGGUGGACGCGUAAAAACUUUGCAUCCAGCCGUUCAUGCUGGAAUAUUGGCUCGACUAACAGAGUCAGAUUUGAAUGAUAUGAAGCGCCAAAACUAUGAACUCGUGCAAGUUGUAGUCUGUAAUUUGUAUCCGUUCGGAUUAACUAUCUCGAAGGCGGAUGUGACAGUUUCUGAUGCAGUUGAAAACAUCGAUAUUGGAGGUGUAACGCUUUUGCGAGCAGCGGCUAAGAAUCAUAACAGAGUAACGGUUUUGUGUGAUCCUUCAGAUUAUGGUAAAGUUUUACAAGAAAUUAAACAAUUUGGUGAUACUACCGAGACUACUCGAAGGCAGCUGGCUUUGAAAGCUUUCACUCAUACUGCGGAGUACGAUAAUUUGAUUUCGGACUACUUCCGUAAGCAAUACUCGGCCGGUGUUUCGCAACUUGGGCUUCGUUAUGGAAUGAACCCACACCAGAAGCCUGCUCAGAUUUUCACAACUUUAGAAAAACUUCCCUUAAAAGUAGUUAACGCAGCCCCCGGUUUUAUUAAUCUCUGUGAUGCAUUAAAUGGUUGGCAACUUGUUCGUGAACUCAAAAGAGCACUUGGACUUCCAGCAGCAACCAGUUUCAAACACGUGUCCCCAGCAGGGGCCGCAGUAGGAGUACCUCUAUCAAUGGAUCAAGCAAAACUCUGCAUGGUUGAUGAUCUGUUCGACAAUCUUACUCCUUUGGCAACGGCGUAUGCUCGCGCUCGUGGUGCUGAUCGCAUGUCUUCUUUCGGUGAUUUCGUAGCUUUAUCGGAUACCUGCGAUCUUGUGACGGCAAAAAUCAUUUCUCGGGAAGUGUCUGAUGGAAUCAUUGCCCCGGGAUACACCGAGGAAGCAUUAGAUUUAUUGAAAAAGAAAAAGAAUGGCGCCUAUUGCAUACUUCAAAUCGAUCAGACAUAUGAACCAAGUCCAGUGGAAAAGAAGACGCUCUUCGGACUACAAUUAGAACAACGACGCAACGAUGCUGACAUCAACAAAGCACUAUUCACGAAUAUCGUUACGAAGAACAAGAAUCUUUCGGAUGGUGCCAUACGAGAUCUGAUUGUCGCAACAAUUGCACUGAAAUACACACAGAGUAACUCCGUGUGCUAUGCAAAGGAUGGUCAAGUUAUUGGCAUCGGAGCUGGUCAGCAGUCACGUAUCCACUGUACCCGACUGGCUGGUGACAAGGCUGAUAAUUGGUGGCUUCGACUGCACCCACGCGUUAUAUCUAUGCAAUUUAAAAAGGGUGUAAAACGUGCAGAAAUUUCUAACGCAAUUGAUAAUUAUGUGAACGGAACAGUUGGCAAGGAUAUGCCGAUAGCUCAGUUCGAGGCGAUGUACGAGAAGGUUCCAGAGUUUCUCACAGAGACUGAUAAAAAUAUAUGGGCGAAGCAGUUGAGCGGAGUAUCUUUGGGUUCGGAUGCUUUCUUCCCGUUCCGAGACAAUGUAGAUCGGGCGAGACUGAGUGGAGUUUCGUUCAUUGCUAGCCCAUCUGGCUCGACCAAUGACGCUGGUGUUAUCGAGGCUUGCAAUGAUCAUGACAUUGUUAUGAUACAUACCAACUUGAGAUUAUUCCAUCACUAGUAUCUACUCGAGUUUUGAAGUUUACAUUACAUUCGCCCGUCUUAUAUCGUAAUAACUGUCCACGCAUAUCCACUCGUUGUUGGCGCUGCACUUGUUGGAGAUCGCUGCACAUCAUAUGAUUUGUUGGAAAGAGUGAGAAACUCAAUAAAUAUAAGUUUUAAAACAAAA